UCCUCCUCCUCCUCUUCUUCCUCCUCCUCCUCCUUCUGUUGCCUAUAUAUACUCAAGAUUGGAGGAAUAAAAAUCACACCCACCAUCACCUCCACCUCCUCCACCACCUCCACCAUGGCUCUCCAAAUUCUUCUAGUGGUGAUGGCAAUGGGGUGUGCCUCGGCCGCCAGCCCCCCCCUGACUCUGCCUAUUCGCUCCUCCUCUGGGAAUGUGAGGUCAGUCUACCCCAAGGGAAUGGUUUUGCUGGACCCCAUCGCCAAGUCCUGCGAUAACAUCUCGUACGCGCCAGCUUCUCAGAAUCCUUCAGAACGGCUUCAACUAACAGCAGGAGAGAAUCUUAACACCCUAAUGGGAUUCCCCUCCGCCGAUGGUUUUGGACAAGUUGCAUUCUACAUCUGCACAGACCCACUCAACCCCCUGUGUGAGUCUGGCCCUGAUAUCACCACCAACUACUCUAGAUGCUGGAAGAUUGGACACACCCAGUUCUUCAUCGCUGCCUUUGCCAAGAGUACGUGGAUCUCAGCUCUCCACCCAUACCAGAUCCCCAUUCCCUUUGAUGUGGAGUGUGAGGGCUGUGUGUUGCUGACCGUUGGCAGACAGACCGAGUGCUUGACCUGCCCUGAUACAUCCUACACCGAGGCCUGUACUUAUAUUAGCAUCAAGGCCCCAGAAAAACCCUUACCCACUACUACCCCUGAACCCCCGACGACAACACCACCUCCUCCACCACCUACCACGACCACUCCACCACCACCUACGACCACACCUCCACCACCACCACCUACGACCACACCUCCGCCAACCACACAAGCCCCAUCCCCACCAACGAAGGCCGAAGAAGAGUUCAGGCUCUGCCAGGAUGCUGACCCCAACCAGCUCGGCCCAUGUCCGCACCACCCCGCCGCCCAGCCACCCCCUCCAGGCAACCCCCUCUCUAUUUAAUACGGGGCAGAAAUGGGUGAAAAUUGGGAUUGACAGAGAGGGAGUUUGACUAUUACUACUGCUACUAUUUCAUUCUCCUUCAUUUUCUCAAGUUUCUUCCUCUUCCAUCUUCACAUAUGCUAAAUUUUCCAUCCUUUUUCUUCCUCCUCCUCUUCUUCAUCUUUACAUUUCAUAUCUCUUUCCUCCUCCUCCUCUUCUUUCUCCUCCUCUUCUUCAGUUCUGCAUUUCAUAUUCCUUUCCUCCUCCUCCUCUUCCUCUUCCUCCUUCUCCUCUUCCUUAUCUGUCAAACUCCCGAUAACAUGAAACAGAGGGAAGGAAAGAGUGGAACAAGAUCGUCUAUAUAAAUUCUGAUAAACAAAGAAAGAAAAGAAAAGA